AUGAGCCUGGCCACUCACGAUUCGCUGUUGCUAAACGGCAUCGGGACUUCUAUGAACGUACAGAAGGAAAUUAUGUUGACAGCAAUGAAACACGUUUCCUUGUGAAUAUCUAUCGUCUGUAAAGCUUGUUAAGAAGAAUUCACCUUGAAUACGAUAAUGGGAGGUCAGAUAACCAGGAAUACCUUGUACGAUUCUCUGGGUGGGCCAUUCCCGACCUCCUCCCAUCGAUGCCAUCACAAGCCCAAGCGCUGCCUGCCUCUGCCUCAGUGUGGCAGCCUGGCCUCCUUCCCCUUGCUUUUCCACCCCAGUGCCAAGGGAUCUCAGAUCAUCAUGGACCUGGCCCAGAGGACAGUGAAGAGGCAGGGCAGCUUUUGCAACGCCAUUACUUUCAGUAACCGGCCCAUCGCCGUGUAUGAGCAGGUUAGGCUGAAGAUCACAAAGAAGCAAUGCUGCUGGAGUGGUGCUCUGCGUCUGGGCUUCACCUCCAAAGACCCAUCCAGGAUCAAUCCAGACAAUCUGCCCAAGUACGCCUGCCCUGAUCUGGUCUCCCAGUCAGGCUUCUGGGCAAAGGCCCUGCCUGAGGAGCUCUCCAACGAGGGCAACAUUCUCUCCUUCUGGGUAGACAAGAAGGGCCGGGUAUUCUACCGUAUCAACGACUCCAGCCCCAUGUUGUUCUUCAGCGGGGUCCAUGCCUCUGAGCCCCUCUGGGCCCUCAUUGACGUCUACGGCCUGACAAGAGGGGUCCAGCUUCUGGACAGUGAGAUGGUUCCUCUGGACUGCCUCCGCCCUCGCUCCUUCACCCCCGCCCACCGCACCUCGCUACGCCGGGACCCCGAUGACCACCGCCUCUCCAUCAGCCUGUGUGACCUCAGCCUGCAGCAGCAGCAGGAGCUGCAGGAGGAGGAGGAGGAGGCCGGGUCGGAGGAACGCCUUCACCCCCUCAACUCCUCCACCUCCUCCUGCCACGUCCCCCAGAACUCCCAGAACUCCCAGCAGUGCUCUCUCCUGCCCCCCCUGCUGGACAGCGACCUGCACUUCCACCCGCUCCACGGCGCUCACGCCACGCUGCCCGACGAGCACACGGCGGUGCGUCUGGAACCCAGGAGUGGCGAGGGGGAGAGGACGCUGGUGUUCACCAGCCGCCCGCCUCGCCCUGGCGAGAGCGUGUACGUCAAGGUGACCAAGGCGGGGUCGGCCAUGCGCCAGGGCUCCCUGUCCUAUGGUGUGACGUCAUGUGACCCAGGUUGUCUGCGGCCCAGUGACCUGCCCAACAGCCCCGAGGCCCUGGUGGACAGGAAGGAGUUCUGGGCCGUGUGCCGGGUCGCAGCGCCUCUCCACAGUGGGGACAUCCUGGGCUUUGUGGUGAACAGUGAGGGGGAAGUCCUGCUCAGCCAUAAUGGGGUCAACGCAGGGAUGCAGGUGUGCGUGGACAACUCCAGACCUCUCUGGAUGUUCUUUGGCCUUCACGGAGUCCUCACCCAACUCAGGAUCCUAGGGACGUCCCUCCACACGGAUCUCAGAGGACCCUCUGUCCCCAGCUCUCCGUCUUGCACUCCCAACACCCCCAUCCUCAUGUGCAGUGGCAGCUCUGAGCCCAACCUCAACAUCAACCUCAACACCAACCUCAACGCCAGCUACCCUCCCCCCUUCAGCAGCUCUACAGGUACGACUCCCAGCUCUCCCUUUUCCAGCCACCCAGAAUCCCCUCCCUUCCCAUCAUGCUCUGGGUCGUGGAGUGACGAGUGCACCAUCUGCUAUGAGAACAUGGUGGACACUGUGCUGUAUGCCUGUGGUCACAUGUGUCUCUGCUACGCUUGUGGCCUCAAGCUCAAGAAGAUGGCCAACGCUUGCUGCCCCAUCUGCAGGAGGACAAUCAAAGACAUCAUAAAGACCUACAGGAGCACGUAAACCGAGGCAGAACCAAACUCUGCUCUCAAAGACCUUCAUAGACAUCCCCUGGAGGCUUGGCCCCUCUGUUGGACUCAAGUAAGACCUAGUUGUCUUACGUUGUGACACAAUUAACUUGCGGGGCCAUCAGAACAUCCUGCAGACACUCCAGGGGUGAGGUUCCCCACAGACCUACAGCACACAUGCUAACAAUGCUAAAGGGAGGAGAGAAAUACAAGCCAUAUAAAUGGCCUUGUUUGCUUAGGAUCUGUUGCUGUCCUGAAAGCAAGGACCACACCUGUUUUCAGGACAAACAACUUUACAAUUCAAAAUGACAGAAGAUGAGGAACUUGGGACUUUCAUGUGUAUGAAUAUAUACUGUAUAUCAGAACUGUUGGUAGUCAACUUUUGAAUACGUUUGUUGUUUUUACCGCACUAUGGAGGUUAAUCAGGUAUGCCACUAUCAUGAGACUCUAGGAAAAAUAAACCAACUGUUGGGAUUAAAGUAGUCACACCUUGAUUGGCGGAAGCAAGUGUACCCUGAAUGUUGCAUAAGAGAGCACAAAUGGUGCAGGAAUUUACUUUGACAAUGAGUGUUUGGGUUUUUCCACCCGUGCAAACCUGCAGGAAGUGGAUUCCGUAGGGGUCUCAUUUCAUUAUAAACCCACCCACAUGCCUCCUGUCUCUCCCCAGUGUCAGAUAUGAACAAUAGCGUGGUGGAGAGAGAAAGAAGAAGAAGAAGGUGUGAAUGGAGUCACCAUAGAAGGUCACAAAGAAAGUGGAUGUAAAUCAAUGAGGGGGAGAGGGAGAGAGGAUGUUGCAUGUAUACCGAGAGAGAUGAGCCCCAGAUGAGGGGCACCUUGGCUCAGCGUCUGCACAGCCUCCAGCGCACAAAAAACCGUUCUCUCAGAGCCACGGCAGAGAUACAUCACGACUCUCUGAAGGCUCGACUGUUGUACAUCCAACGUCCUGACACUCUGCCUACCUAAUGUGGCCAGCUACCGGGCCGUUUUACAGUUACGAUGAGGACAAAAAUGUCGAGCGUAAAAUGCAUCCGUAUUGAUGUGGAAUAUCAUUUCUUAAAUGCCUUAUUGUAUAUUGAACCAUUGUCAUUAUGAGAUGAACCAGCCUAGAAUCUUCUAUUAUCCUACAGGUCUGUUUGGUAUUUCUCAGAGCAAUGAAGUUUAAAUGUUUGCUACCCUAAGGUUUCCUUAUCCAGUUAUUUGAUUAGCAAGGACGUGUGCUUCUGUGUUUUUGUAAAGACGUGUUCAGUAUUAGUUUUGUAAAGGAAAGGCGAGACAGAGAACACUCACCCAAACAUAUUGUCAGAUGUGUUCAUACCGUGUUUGCACAAGGACAAACUCAUUUGUGUAUUCAAAUGUGUUAGCCAUGGCACAAGGCUAUCUGUAUCUAGUUGGUUAUUGUUGCACAGUUUGUGAGCUUUAGACUUUUCAAUUAAAAUUCCUAAAUGCUGCUUUUUGUCUCGUAAGCACAUUCUCACAACUUUGCUUAAUGGAAAACAAGGUCAUAUAUAUUGUAGAGGUUAAUGCAGGUAAAACAAGCCAUUGUUCAGGUUUGAGAAACACAGUGAUAUUCUGAAUGGUGGUGAAUCUGAUGUGGCACAUUUGUCCAUGGUGUUCAAACUCAUCUCAUCCUUCCCCGUCUCUUAUUAGGAUUAGAGUACAAUGUAGGAGUAGUGUUCCUGUGCCUUGAAAUGAGUUCAGUUCCACCACUGUGGGGUUAUUGUGCAGUAUGAUUGAUAUUCAGGGUCAGACAUCUCCUUCUUCACCCUCCCACUAGUACAAUAUCAGAUGCUGCUUCGUAAAGUGAAUUUUGUUUGGUCAUACACUUCAAUUUAAAGCCAACAAUUUAGUGUGCAUAGUAUAACUGUAUGAAGUUAUUCAGUGCUGUUGUUAUAAACUGUCUAAAGAACCCUUGCCCCCUACAGUAUGUAACUGCAUUACAUAAUACUGGAAUUUUGCUUUGGACGUGUUCUGCUUUUUCUUUUCUACUGGUGAGGUUUUAUUUGUCAGACCAAAUUAGACAUACUUUGACUUGAGCAUAUACUAAAGAUAAUAUGGUUAAAAGACUGAUGAUACUUUACAGUGUAAUAUUAAAUAUAUUUAUUUUGUCAAUUCUAUUCUAUUGUAAUGAAUUAUCACAGUUUUAUUUUCAGUAUUUCAAUGUAUGUCUGAUGACAUUUGUAAAUGUUUCAUACGUUUUAUUGUCACUGAGGCGGAAACAAUUUGUACGGCACUACAUUUGUUUUUAUUUGACUUCUUAUUAGACAUUAUUGUUACAGUAUAUCAUCAGAUAAAAAGUCGAAUCAGAACACUUUUUGCUUUUGUUUCUUCUGCAGUUGAUUCAGUUUUACAGCCUAUUAUUGUAAUGUGCUGAAUGCUGACCAGUAAAUUAAUAUGAAGAGUGGCAUUAUGGAAAAAGUUUCACCACAGUUUUAAUAGUCAAAUUGGGACCAAAUAUUGAAAGUCCAGUCAAUAUCUAUGCCAAAAAAAGCAAUUAGAAAACUUGUAAGGACCAUUAGGUAUGUGAUUGCUAACAGUAAACAAAACACCACUCAGUGGAUGAUUACUAUGAAUUUCUGAAUUGCAAUUAUGUUCACUGUGUGAGUCAGAUGGAUGUGACUUUCAAUAAAGUUUUAUGAUGUGGUCAAAGUUAGGAUUGAUCUGGAUUUAUUCUGGACUUCUCAUUCUUGUGACAUUGGGAGAAUAACAAAUGUGCCCAUCCUAACUAAACAAUAAAAAAAACGUUAAGGUAGGGAAUGAUAACGCUUAGGCUAUUACAGUUGUAGCUAUAUUUUCAACUGUUCUAAUAGAAAAUGACAUUUCAAUAUGCAGUCAGUUGACUCUGCACAGUAGUAUUCUUGUGUAACUUCCCAGCAUAUAAAAAACAAAGCAGAGUGCUUCAGUAAACAGCUGUAACUCACACAGAGACUGUUUAGAGCAGAGGCAUGUAGACCUGGCCUGGGUUAGCAUCAUCAGUUAUUUACUACCCUGCUAGCCUGGCUAACACCACUGUUAUACAACGGUCCAAUACGCACAAAGAACGACCAUGACAUCUGGACAUGAAACAGGCGGCAGCGACCAUCGCUUAUGACCACCAAUUCUUUGAGGUGGGGAGCGAUAGAUAGACACAUUUUGCAAAAGUGACAUGAAUACUGUAUAUCUCAAUGCUUUGUACACACAAGACACUUUCCACUCAGACCUCUGAGUGAACCUAGGCUUCCUUCUGCCAAGAAACCUGGACUGGAAGCCAUUUUGUGUCUUGUGAGAGUGAUGUGAUGUAGCAGAAAAAGUAUAUCUGUUCAACCACAUAUCAAUUCCUCAUCGAAGAAAAGGUCAUCUUGUAUUCUGUUGUGACCACGAGGAUAGCGGAGGUCAGCCUCUGGACAUUCAGAUAUUGGCCUCAGAAAGCACUUUUCUGUGUCCUUGUUUGGGGGUGCACACCUACCAUAUCGGCUGAAACCCCCCGGGUUUAAUUCCAGCCCAAUUUGGGGCAUGGGUUAGAUUCCGGCCCCUCUCUUGUUCCUGCCCUUACUGUCUAUAUCUAACUGUCCCUAUCCAAUUGAGAAGUGAAUGCCACAAAUAUAUGUUUGGUAAUUAAUGUAACUGAAUUAACCUUCAGAUGCUGGCUGAAUUUAGCAUGAGAUGUUCACCAGCAGCAGAGAGACAGGCAGUGAAUUUAUUUUCUGAGGGACAA